AAAAGUCAAACUCACAAAUUCUGAAAAGAUUACCGUCUAUUGUAAUUUUGGGUGGUAAAAAUAGCCUAUUGUUUUCUAUUGAACAUUAAAAUGUCAUUAAGGAAAUUAAUAAACCGCACGUGGUAUUUAUUGUUCUAAAUAGCUUGUAGCUGCUAUACCUAUGUCAGUUUUGUGUUGACUGUGUACAGUGAAACAUUAAAAUGGAUGUCGUCGGCAGUGAGAUUGGACAGAAAAUGAGGUCGGCGAUUAAAGCUAAGCUGACCGAACUCGGGUGCUAUGUUGAUGAUGAACUGCCUGAUUACGUAAUGGUCAUGGUGGCUAACAAACGCACUCGCACUCAAAUGGAGGAUGAUUUACAAUUGUUCCUUGGUGACAAUACCAAACUGUUUGUAAAUUGGUUGCAUCAGGUGUUGAAGAAAUUACAGGAAGUGACAGUUACAACACCCUUGAAAGCAGUGGAGCAUGAAGUUGUCAAGGAAAAAGCAUCUAAAGAAAAGAAAUCUAAAGAUAAAAAGGAUAAGGUUAAACUAAAGAAGACAGAUAACGUAAAGAAAGCUAAGAAGAAAGAAAAGUCACACCGUAAAAAGGAAGAUAAGAAAUUACAUAAAAGUAAGAAGAAGAGUAAACAUCAUGAAAUGAUACGCCCUAAUGUGCCUCCACUCCUUAUGAAUAUGGAAAAAGAAUCGGAACCUUCUAUAACUGAUGUGUUUGCUGGUCAAAUAUUGAAAUGUCAUGGUAUCACACUAGAAUCACUAAAAGAUGAACCUAAAAUACCAGAUAUAAAACCGAUUAUUAAAGAAAUAAAAAGACCAAUUCUACCCAUCAUAGACCCGGCUACUAUAUCAUCACAACCAAAUAUAGACUCUGUUCCUGAAACUAAUGAAGUAGCUAAUACUCAAGAAAAAAGACUUAAUACACCUACAGGUGAUAUGAAAGAGGACCAACUAAAAGAGAUAAACGUUAUUGAAGCUAAAAUUCAGGGACUAAAGCAGAAAUUAGCUGAGCAGUUAGAUUCUAUGUCUGAAGAUGAGGACUUUCUAACUAUAAGAACUGAGGCGGAGGAGUUGAUGAAUGAUUUUGCUGAAGACGUGUUUCAGGAAAUCACACAGCAGGCACCAGUAGCAACUCCUCCUCUGCAGCCUAACAAAUCACCACCCAAAGAAACAAUCCCUAAACCUGUAGAAAAACCCCUAGAAGCAGUUGAAACUUUGCCACAGAUUGAACUGAAUUUACCCAAAAGACCUGUCAGAGAAAGGCUAGGAGCUCGGGAAGAGCCCAAAAAGUUGGAAGUAAAGGAAAAGGAACAAGAGAAAAGGAGAAAAAGUCCCGAAAGGUUCACCCCAGACAGAGAGCCUGAACGAAGUAGUAAGUCGGCUAAGAGUCGCGUACAUGACCAUAAAACUAGUUUUGAUUCUGAGGAAUCUGAAACGGACUCCAAAAAGCUUACAUCUCGUGUAUCGGUAUUGGAGAGUCGCGCGACUCGGCCGGGUUGUGCGAGCGUGGUGCGAGUGAGACCGCGGCCGCGUCGCGCCGCUCCCGCUUCCACACUGUUGCUGCGAGCGGUCGCAGAUGCACAUAAGAGCUUGUUAAAUAUUCCACCUAAAGUGGAUCCGGAGCCGCAAAAGGUGAAACGCGCUUUAGUACUGCCAAUGAGACGUGUUGGCGAUCCAAAGAUAGUAAUACAAGUGCCUACAGGAGAACGAGUGCAAGACACGCACAGUGAUAAUAUCAGUCUAGAUAUAGACAGUGAUGAAGAUAAAGACUCCAAACUAAACAGUGAUAUGAAGGACGACUUUAUGCAUAAGCCAAUAACGAGGAAGAUCAAGAAUACAAACUACGUACCGUCCACACGUAAUGAAGGAAGAACCGCCAGUCGGCGAGACGAUUCCCUCAUCAUAGAGACUAUUAAUAUCCACAAUCCAACAGUAGACAAGGAUAAAAACACACAAUUCAUAGUCACAAUGGAUGGAUUCAAUCCAAACGCAUUUCUAGCUAAGAAACUCAUGACCGAAGGAAUUCUGAAUGAUGAAGAUGAAGUUAGUGAUACGCCUAAAGAGACAACAUCAGUAUUGAAAACUAAAGAUGACACGAAAACCAAAGAAGUUGUUCCAACUACUAAAACUCACACCGAACAGUUAGCAGAAAAACCCAGUGUUGAUAAGAAACGUUUAAGUAAUGAAAGUGAAGAGAGUGAAACUCAAGUGAUUAUAAAACAAGAAAAAGAGGAAGCAACCGAUACUAGUCCAGUUCAGAAAGUCGAAAAGAGAAAGAGUGAUAUUACACUUGAUGAUAAUACGGCUGUGAAAAAGAGGAAAGGAUCUCCUAUUGUCUUUGAUGUGAAAAAUAAAGAAGUCCAGAAAGAGAGGGAGAGGACAGAAAGUGUUAGCAGUACUGACAAUCAUGUCGUAGUUGCAACAGCGACGAAGUUACAUAAAUACGAUUCAGUGCCUCCAUUGUCAGCGGCUACCGGUGGCAAGUCCGUGUGGUGCCGCGCGUUCCCGUUGUGCCGGUACGGGGCCGCGUGCGCGUUCCAGCACCCGCGCUGCAAGUUUGCUGCGGCGUGCACGCGCCGCGGCUGCGUGUACUCGCACGCCGCGCCCACACUGUCAUCCCACGUAGUUCCCGCAGCUAAUUACAAGAGUAUAUCAACAGCUGCAAUGCCGAGUAUGUGCAAGUUUUACCCGAAUUGUGUCAACCCUGGAUGUUUGUUCUACCACCCCAAGCCGUGUCGGUACGGCCCUGCCUGUCUCAACAAAUUGGAAUGCAACUUCUAUCACGCGGAAUUACCUGCUACAAAGUGGAGAUACCCAGUUUAGAAUAAUAAACAAAUUAGUAUUU